UUUUAGCAAAUUCAGGGGCUGUUUCGGUUCUCCAUCCCCGCUUUUGCCGUUGCCCGGUGCUCGUUCUCCGACCCGAGACGGCACACUCUCACUCCUCUUCUCCAACCAGCAAGUUUCCCAGCUUCAUCAGUAACUGAGACAGAGGAGAGAGAGAGAGAGAGGCGGAGAGAGAGAGAAGAGACACAUUCCCACACAAACACCGUAUGUUAAAAACCCUAAAGGAAGCCUCUGUCUCUGUCUCUCCCUCACUCUUUUUCCUUCUCUUCAUCUUUCUUUCUCCCUGAGUUUUCGUUCGGUUCAGUAACCCUAACAAUGGCAACGGAGCCUCGACCCGUCGACCCCAACAUUUGGAAGGCCUGCGCGGGAACCUCCGUGCGAAUCCCCGCUGUCCAUUCCAGUGUAUACUACUUUCCCCAAGGCCACGCCGAGCAGUGCUCCUUUCCUCCCGUCCUUUCCCCCCUCGCCUCCUCCAAACCCCUGAUCCUCUGCCGAGUCCUCGCCGUCCGCUUCCUCGCCAACCACGAUACCGACGAGGUCUACGUCAAGAUCCACUUGGAGCCUGUCCGUCAACUUCCCGGUCAUAGCUGGAAUUCUGAACCGCUCUCUGCAAGAAACCUCAUGGAAAACGAUGGAGGCGGAGAGGAUGACAAAAGUAUGGUGUCGUUUGCGAAGGUCUUGACGCCUAGCGACGCCAACAAUGGCGGUGGAUUCUCGGUGCCGCGGUUCUGCGCCGACUCGAUCUUUCCGCCGUUGAAUUUCCAGGCGGACCCGCCCGUCCAGACAAUAUCCGUGACGGACGUUCACGGCGUCGUUUGGAAUUUCCGGCAUAUCUAUCGCGGGACGCCUCGCCGGCACUUGCUCACGACUGGCUGGAGCAAGUUUGUCAACCACAAGAAGCUAAUUGCCGGCGAUUCGGUGGUGUUCAUAAAGAACAAGACUGGGAAGCUCUUUGUGGGUGUACGCCGGGCCAUGCGGUCCAGCGGGACUGGUGACCUCUCGAGGUGGAGCUGCGGGAUUGGCGGGGUUAGGGUGAAGGUGGAUGAGGAAAAUGCGAAGAGGGAGGGUUUUUCUAGGAAUGGAAAAGGUAGGGUUUCGCCGGAGAUGGUGGCAGAGGCGACAGAGUUGGCGGCUCAAGAUAUGCCGUUUGAGGUUGUGUAUUAUCCGAGGGCAGGUGCUUCGGACUUUGUGGUGAGAGCGGAGGUGGUGGACUCUUCUUUGAAUGUGUAUUGGAGGACUGGUACGAGGGUUAAGAUGGCAAUGGAGACAGAGGAUUCCUCGAGAAUGACGUGGUUUCAGGGAACGGUUUCUUCCGCUGCUAUUCCUGAUAAUGGGCCAUGGCGAGGCUCCCCAUGGCGCAUGCUUCAGGUCACCUGGGAUGAACCUGAAGUUCUGCAGAAUGUAAAGAGAGUGUGCCCUUGGCAAGUUGAAUAUGUCGCACCCGCACCUCCAUUUAAUACUGCAUUCCCCCCCACAAAGAAAUUCAGAGCUCCUCAGACACCUGGGAUGUUGAAUGAUGGAGAGAGAGAGCUCUUCUUUCCUAUGGCAGGCUUAACUAAUUCAACAGUGGACAAGUUCAACCCCUCAUUGUUGAAUUAUGACACUUUUCCUGCUGGCAUGCAGGGAGCCAGGCAAGAUCUAUUCCGUGUAACCAGUUUACACAACUUCUUAAGUGAAGACACACAUCAGAUGUGCACUGAGAAUUUUUUUGGCAAGAUGUCGCCAAAGGCGAAAAUUGUGUCUACAGAGCUGAAUAUUGGCAGUUCUCAUUCUGACAACCUAUCUCCAGAUAGCCCCAGCAGUGUGCAUUCUUCUGGCAUGGAGAUAGUUGAGAACCGUGUUUGCAACUCCUCAAUGAGGGUUGCUUCUAGUUCAUUUCAGUUAUUUGGUAAGAUCAUUCAUAUGAAACAGUCUGAUGAAAGUGGGUUUGAUGAUGUUGGUUGCCCGGUAGAGGACAGCAGCAAGACUGUUGAUGUUAUGAAACAACGAGAACUUUCGACAUACCCUUACAUGAAACUGUUUGACAGGAUUGAUGUACAGUGCCAAUCAGCGUCAUCUGCUGUUGAAGCAUGUUCGUUGUGAAUGAAUGGUUGUUUUUGUUCUGCAGAUUAGAAGCUGUACAGGUAGGUAAGGCAGGCAGGAAGCUGACUCUUAAUCUGACUAGCGGGUAGUAAAUAGGUUAUGCAUCUCUCUUUUAGUUUCCCAUAUUGGACGGAUUUGCAACGGUUGUGAACUUGUUUUUCAAUAUUCAAAUUAAGUUGUAGGUGUUCAUUUUGAAUUUCAAAUAAAACUCUUUGGAUUAUUUUA